AUGGUAGAGCCCGUGCGAGUCUAUGUUGGCCCGGCCGCCGCGUUCAAGGAGAAGAGCCGUCAAUUGGUGAAGUGCGGUGAACGCAAUAUCGCGGUGUACCGCUACAAGGAUCAGUUUUUUGCGCUGGACAACGCCUGUUACCAUCACGGUGGACCGCUGGUGGAGGGAGACAUUGAAGAAAUGGGCGGACACCCGUGCGUGGUGUGCCCAUGGCACGAAUACCGCAUCACCCUCGACACCGGCGAGGGCCUCUACUGGGCGCUGCAGCUGACACCGGCGGGUCUCCCCGACAAGAGCGCUCCACAGACGGUACGCUCCAAGGGGCGGAAGCAGCGCACGCACAUCGUCACUGUUGAGGACGGUGGGGUGUUUGUGACGGUAGAUACGGAUGGUCCGCGUGUGGACAGUGACACCUACGCCGAAAUGGCCAUCGCCAAUCAGGAGUACGGAAUGACGGUACCAGUGGCGGAAGGCGGGCGCGCCAAAGGCUUCCACAGCGGCAUGCGAAGCGGGCACGUUUUGGCUGGGCUAGCCUCGUCUACAAAAGAAAACAAGCUACGACCAGAGUGCUUGGGGGGACAACUGGUUGUAAUGUGCGUAAAAGUAGAGCAUGUCUGUACCGGGGCAAAGGAGUUCUUCUUCAAUCUCUGUCAAGGGCAGCUGGGCAGCCCGCCUCUGCCAGGGCAGUUCGUUGAUCUACAGUUGCCCAUUGCAGCUCCUGCCGGCAAGCGGUUCGUGAGGCGGUGGACGAUUUUUGAGACGAACAAGGAUGGAUGUCUCUUCACCAUUGUUGUAAAGGCAGCAGCUAACAGCCGUGGCGGUAGUGCAUGGAUACACAACAACGCGCUGCUUCAGCGUUUUCCACUUCUCUUGUUGAGUGGGUGCUUCACUCUAGUUCACCACAUGGAUCGUCUGCGUGAAGUGGCAGGUCGAGUUGUUGUUCUUUCUGCUGGCAUCGGUGUGACGGCACCUCAUGGCUCGCUUCGCCACUACAUUGAGGGCAAAUGGGAGAAGGAGAAUCCACAGCUGCAUGUUCUGCACCUGCACGUUGAGCGUACAGUGUCUUCCGUGGCAAGGGUUGAGGAUUAUUUGCGGUGGCACUAUGCCAAUGCUGCCCACUUCACAUACCGCUUUCACUGCUACCUCACACAGGAACCGCCCGACAGUGUCGUGGAAGAUGUGUCGUUGCAGCCGCUUAUAACGUGCGGCCGGCGACCAACGGCGGAGGACAUCACGAGUUUUGUAAGCGAUUUUGUGAAAUCCGCACCCGUUUUGGCGUUUGUGUGUGGGCCGCCGGAAUUCAUUAACAUGGGGAAGUGCAUCCUCGGCUCCUUGGGUGUUGCAGCGUCGGAUAUGCUGACAGAUGAGGAUGACAGCGUGGAGGUGUGA